GCGGAUACUUGCUCAUGCCUUUUAACCCGCUGCAGUCCUCCAACAGCUAGCUCACUGCCAGCGAACAGCCGUCCACCUCACGCAACCGCCCAACCCGCACCCGCAGCGGCAUUCAUCUCACGCGAUACUCCCGUACCUUUCCUUUGUGUCCCGCAGGCCCACAAUCGCUGACUGCGUACGGCGUGAAACUCCGACUAUUGUGCUUCAAUUAACCCAGCAAACCUCGAGCUUCCUCGACACCCACCUCCACCCCUUUUAAUCUCCCAUCGUCCACCCACUGUCAUCCUUCGCGCAAAAUAGUCAAACAAUUCCGUUCUAUUUUCGGUCUACCACAAGGCUAGGCGGACGACAGGCCAGAUCUUCUGCCUUCGCAAACAGCCUCUUCUGCACCGCUUUUGUCUGCCUUUCAGUAUGCUCACCAGAGACCUAUCCUCUUAUGGUAGGGCGUUAGUCGUUGCUGGAUUUCUAUUCAACCACCUACCAUGUUUAGCCUACAUCCCGGCUCUGCCAGUAAACGAUACGUCUGGCCUGAACCUGACGGAUUCUUCAACAAUCGCUAUAGCAUGGACGGAUCCGCUGGGCGUAUACAGUGGUGGGGUGUCGUUUCAACUAAGAGCGGAUGUUGACACUGGCGGAACGACCUCGGGAGCUUUGGUACACUUUUCAGAAUCGACAAUGGGCAGUAAUAUCACCACCACAACCCCUUGGAUAGCAUUCAUUAGCUGCGACACGAAUGAGACUAUUGCCAGUAUGGAAUGGGAUAUAUUCACCUUGGCGAGAGAUCGAGGUGCUUCUUCCGCUCUUCUCUACACUACGAGAUCUCAGACAUGUCUUCUCAAUUCCGAAUACAUCACAGAUUUCGAAAAGCCCUUAGACGUUUUUGCGACGAAGAAUGUCCAAGUUGCAAGGGUGAUCAACAAUCAAUUUGUACACACUAACGAGAGCUUUGCGAACUACAACGCUACACUUCUCAACCAAUCGGCUCUCGAUGUCAACCAAUCAUUAGCAGGAAAUUAUCCUGCCACCAAAACCUAUCUUAUAGGUACACUCACCGCUCGCAAUUCUACUGGCCAAGCCACAUCCACUUAUAUCCCCAAUGCCACCACUUCGACUUCAUCAGAUUCUUCCCAUAAUAAGAGAACGUCUACACCCAUGAUCGUUCUUUACACCAUCACUGGAGUUGUAUCGGUCGUAUUCCUCAUUAUGCUCAUCAUGGGCGGCAGGCGAGCCCUUCGACAUCCUGAGCGGUAUGGAAGAAGAGAGGAUGAGCAUGCAGAUGGGGGUCAAAGUACUGCUGGAGGACUGGCACAGGCAAUGCUUGAUACAUUCCCCGUCAUCAAAUUUCACACAUCAAACGGGAAAUCUUCCAGCAACCGAACGAAGAGGAUAUCUCUCAAGGAUACUGGGGAGACAUUACCGAUGUCGCAGAUCGAAAGGGGCGACGGCAUCGAUAUGGACGCAUUCCCGAAUAGGGAAAGCAAGAGGCGGCCGAUAUCCAAGUGCGAUACAGAAGUGUCAUUCCACACUGCUCUGGAUACUUGUGAAAGCGUCCCUCAGCUGUUAAGGGAUAGGUCAGAGUCGCAAGCUAGUGGUAGUGGCGGUAAAUCGGAGGAGGUAGCAGCUACAGCGGCUGCGACUACAAUGGUGCAUCUGGAACAAGUGGAAGCUGAGGAUGGACAGACUUGCCCGAUUUGUCUGGUUGAGUUUGAGGAUGGGGAUGACUUGAGAGUUUUGCCGUGCAAACGGGAACAUAUGUACCACAGGGGGUGCAUCGACCCUUGGUUACUGCAAGUCUCUUCGAGCUGUCCGUUGUGUCGUAAAGACUUCAACAACCCUCAACCGUCUCCUUCCUCUACCCAGAGCUCCCAAAUUUUGUCCUCCGAAAGCCCCUCUAGCCCACAAGGAUUCGCGCGUUACCUCACAUUCAUGCGACGAAACCGUCCUCGCACUCGAAGCACAAGAACGGAAGGAGGAGGUAGCAGCAAUACCUCGAGAAGACAAUCGAGAUCUGGGAGAGAUGAUGGUACGGAUACUGCCGUCGGGCGUGGAAGGAUGCGAGAAGCAGAUCAGAGUGGACCAGGGGGAUAUUAAAGGGUAUCGAAAGGGGUGCUCGGGAUUCACGAAAGGCGACUCCACGAGGAGCGCAGUUGUAUUUCUUCUAUUGCAUUUCACUCAAGGCAUUCAUUUGUACUCACCACAUUACGGACAAUCAAUAUCAUCACAUCUCGGGUAUUUAACUGUAAAAUAGCCAUUUCGGGACGUAAUAUUAUCGUUUAUUAUUGCAGACGAGCUUAUGCCUUAUUAUGCGACGCAAACUGCCAUGAUCGAAAUCAUCUCAUGAGAUUGGAUAGCGAAAGCCGGGGGAGAAGCCUUUGAUCAUUUAUUGAUCAUUAUUCUAUUGCCGAGAACAUUUUUGGCCGCAGCCGGGCAUGGUGUGAACGAGCGAACCCUACCACCCGCUACUGUCGACAAGCAGAAAGUGAUUUCACUUCCACAAACACAGCAUCCUAUCAUGCUACAUGUUUGUCUAAUAUAUAUGUGUGUGU